CGGUAAUUCGGUCACGUGGUGCCGAGAAACCAAAAACCCCUCUCCAAACCGAGCCACUGCUCCGGCGGCGGCGGCGGCGGCGGCGAGUUGAGAUGGCUGACGACGCGGCGAGUGAGCAAGCCACGGACGUGGCCGCGGCCGGGGCCGCGGAUGAAGGGCAGCCUCCGGCGAUGUCGAAAAGCGCGAGGAAGAAGCUGCUGAAGCAGGAGAGGCAGGCGGCGCAGAAGGCGGCACGGAAGGCGGCGGAGAAGGAGCGCCGGCGCGCCGACAUAGAGAGGCGAAGGCGCGAGUGGGAGGAGGCGCUGGCCGCGGCGCCCUCGGAGGAGGCCCGCGCCGAGAUGGUGGAGGCGCGGCGGCAGACGCGGCGCGAGCGGGUGGGGCGGCGCGCGGAGGAGCGCGGCGCACGCGCCGAGCGGCUCCGCCGCGCGGCCGAGGGCGCCGGGCAGAAGGUGGUGCUGGACCUCGAGUUCGGAGAUCUCAUGCGGCCCAACGAGAUUCACAGCCUCACGCAGCAGAUCAUGUACUGUUAUGCAGUUAAUGGGAGGUCUACGAACCCUGCUCAUCUAUGGUUGACAGGUUGCAAUGGAGAAAUGGCAACCCAUCUUCAAAGGAUUCCUGGGUAUGAUAAGUGGAUGAUUGAAAAGGAGGCCAAGUCUUAUCUUGAAGCAUUUGAAGAUCGUAAAGAAAACCUUGUGUACCUUACAGCCGAUGCUGAAACUGUGCUUGAUGAUCUAGACAUGUCAAAAAUAUACAUCAUCGGUGGCCUAGUGGACCGGAACAGAUGGAAAGGUAUUACACUGAAAAAGGCGGUUGAUCAGGGGAUUCAAUGUGCCAAGCUCCCUAUUGGAAAUUAUUUAAAGAUGUCAAGUUCUCAGGUUCUGACAGUUAACCAAGUGUUCGAGAUAAUGCUAAAGUUUGUGGAAACAAGGGACUGGAAGACUUCGUUCUUUCAUGUGAUCCCACAGAGGAAAAGAGGAGAAGCUGAAGCUGGAAAUGAUGGGGUCGAUAUAAGCAUGAACAAUGUUGAUGCCGCCGAAGGGGCUGAGAAUCAAGGUGACCUUACCAAGGUUUUUGAUGAGGAUGUAGAUGAUGACGAUGUUGUUGAUGAAGAACUACAAGAGGAAGACACCGAUAUGGCUAAGAAAAAGCAGUGUAUUAGACAUGAAAAUGGUGAGGCAGAGGAUGCCUCCACCAGGCCAGCUGAGGAUCACUCUCCCGGUGCAGCAGCAGAGACGACGACACCCACCGGAGGCGCUCUCCCCCAGGCUGAGCAGAGUAAAGAAAGCAAUGGUGCCGAUGACUGAAGAAGACUGGACUGCAGGUGUAUGAUCACUGUUCUGUAGAACUGCUUUUCUUUAACCCGGGGUUUUAACUCGGGCGUACAUUGUUUGGAGCGCUCUCUUUUCGUGUAUCUCAGUCGUGUUUGACAGCCUACUCUUGUCAUUGAUGACUAUAACAAGGUAGCCCUGAACCCGUUGCAAUGCCUGCAAGCGUUUGGCCAGUGAUGUUUACCAAUAUUUUAAA